AGCAUUUGACACUGGGUUGGAUGCUAGCCCUGUGACCAUGAUGAUGGGGGAGCAAUCUGAGAUCAAGAGAAGGAGAGCAGCAACAAGGAAGAAGAACAUUGAGUUUGAGUUCUGUAAGGUCUGCAAUAUAAAUCACGACCAUGGUCUCCGACACAAGUACUUCCCAAACCACAAGAAAUCCCUCUCCACCUUCCUCUCUCGUUUCCGAAACAAACUCUCUGAUGUUCGCGUCUUCCUGAACACCCCUAGCCCUCUCAAUUCCCAACUUUCUUCUCGCAAUUGCUUGUGGUGUGUUUUCUGUGACCAAGAUAUCCAAGAGCGCUCUAGUUCCUUUGCCUGUGCUAAUGUGAUUCGUCACCUAGCAAGUGUUGAACAUGUGAAAAAUUUGAAGCACUUCUUCUGGAAAUAUGGUGGCGCCAUGGAUCAGUUGGACGCAUUUAAGGUUUCUAACGAUGAUUUAGCUAAGUGGGAAAAGAGGUGCAUGGCCCUAAAAAAUGAAGCUGUGUUGUCGAGUGAGGAAUGUUGCGGAGCAGUGUUUGGACCUUCAAGUGAUAUCCAUAAUCAACUCAACAAUGGAAAAAUUGAUAGUUUUGAAAAUGUUUAUUCCCAUUCUGUAGAAUCAUAUUCUCCGAAUGGUGUUUUUCCUUUACAAUGCUAUACGAAUGAGUAUCAGGUAUCCUGUUCAGGACAAUCUGGAGUUGGCAAUACCGGCUUGUUAGAUAUUGAUACCUCUUUUUUAACUUCGGAAGCGUGCUCUGGUGCAAAUCCUUUUGCUUUGCAAGAUUUUGCUGUUGAAAGAAGCCAUUCUGUCCCUUGUAAUGGUAGACAAUGGUCAGGUGAUGGUUACUCUUGUAAUAAAGGGGUGCGUGACAAUGGUAGAAUGGUAAGCAGAGAGAGCAACCAUAAGGGUCAACAGAUGCUCAGCCGAGUCUCUUCUGUGCCUAUUGAAAAUGCUGGUGGAAAUGUUCAUUCUGGAGCACCUCCACCAUGGUUUGAAACAACUGAGGGAGUGCAGAUAUAUUCUGAGCCUGUUUCAGUAGACCUUGUCUCCCAUUCAAACAAGUCAGGGAAGUCCAAAAAGUUGAAUCCAAAACGGGUGGGAGCAGCUUGGGCGGAGAAGAGAAAGAUUGAAAUGGAGAUGGAAAAGAGGGGAGAGACUGUGAGGAAUGAGUUUGAUGCCAACUGGCUUCCUAAUUUUGGUAGAGUCUGGCAAUCUGGUAGCAGAAAAGAAUCGAGAAAAGAAUUUGAGAGAGAGAAAGGAAAGUUACUAAAUGUUGAAACUCAAUCUGAGAUGCCAAUCAAGAUACAGCCUUAUGUCAGCAAAAGAAUGCGGAUGGAUAGUUGUGGUGAUUAUGCAAAUGAGUGAAAUUUCUGGUGGCAAACAUGUUCAGGGAGUCUACAUUAUUGUAUAUGCGCAUUUCAGCAUCGUUUACAUUGGAGGCUGACGAAUAAACACAAUGAAACAUGGUGCGUUCAUGUCAAUCUUUGAAAAAAAUAACACAGUCAUUGUGCAGUAUUGACCCACAAUAAUAAUAGUUAAGUAAAACAACAUGCACUGAUCAAGGAGCGAUGGCUGUUACCCUACAAUGAUUGUGGUUAUAGUGAAUCUAUUUUACUGCAUUUCAUGUGCCAUGUGACUUCAAUUCUUAUUAUGGUUGGUCUGCUCAAUUUUUGCGCAGUUCUGGGUGUUUGAUUUUUUUUUUUUCAACCAGCUUGAUUUUGAACGUAAGGGUGGUUGCAUUGACAUUUAGAUAGGCGUUGCUUUGCAAUAUGUUGGUUUCAUCCAUGGGAAUGGGACAACUUAUCCAUAGUUGUACAGAAUACUUAGAUUAUUCU